AUGGUUGCUGAUGGAGUGGCUCCAUAUCUGCUAUUCCCAAUGAUCGGUGGCGUGCCAUAUGGAUGGAUUUCAUAUCUCGGUGUGCCAACGUCGAUUCUAACUUUCAUCACGAUUGCGAUCAUCGUAACACUUCUUACCGCCUUUUCUUCAUGUUACGAUAGUACAUGUACUCAUGUUACGAUAGUACAUGUACUCAUGUUACGAUGGUACAUGUAUUCAUGCUUUGAUAGUACAUGUACUCAGGUUUAUCCAUACUUCAAGCAAUAUAUAAUGCUCAGCGACUUCUAUGCUUUCACCCCAAGCAUGGGUAGAUUCGUUCUACUGAACGUGAUCGGAUAUCAGCUAUUCAACUUGUUCUCAAUGACUUUCUUGGCCACGUUAAGCUUUGAAUCGUUGAGAAUUCAAGAGAAAUUCAUUGGGAAAAGUUCGAUGGACAAAGAGAGAAAACUGAUAAAAGCGUUGAUCAUCCAGGUCUCAAUUCCAAUGUUCACAAUCGUCAUCCCGUUCAACAUUGGAGCCAUUGUCUAUUUUCUUGACGAUGUUCAGUUAACGAGUGAGAUCACAGUG